ACUUGUCUUUCUUAUAGGGCUUAAAUACAGUGUGUGGGGCUGGAGAUCCAAGAAGUCGUCAUGGGAUUGCCAUCCACGUAUUUUCAUGUAACAAGCCUAUGGGAGACAAAUGUUUUUACAAUUCCGACGGAGAUCUUUUAGUAGUGCCUCAACAAGGAAAGCUUCGAAUAACCACAGAGUUUGGAAAAAUGACAGUUGAACCAAAUGAAAUAUGUGUUCUUCAGCAAGGAAUGAAAUUUUCUGUUGAACUGGAUGGCUGCACUCGGGGAUAUAUUCUGGAAGUCUAUGAUGGCCACUUUGUGUUGCCUUCGCUUGGACCAAUAGGUGCUAACGGACUGGCUAAUCCGCGUGAUUUCCUCACUCCAGUUGCUUAUUAUGAAGACAAGGAGGUGAAAAAUUACACAAUAAUCAAUAAGUUUCAAGGACAUUUGUUUACUGCCUACCAGCACCACUCCCCAUAUGAUGUCGUGGCCUGGCAUGGGAAUUAUGUUCCUUAUAAAUAUAAUUUAUCCAACUUCAUGACCAUAAAUACCGUUUCGUUUGAUCAUGCUGAUCCUUCCAUUUUUACUGUUUUGACGUGUUCGUCAGUAAAAACUGGAGUAGCUAUCGCUGACUUCGUUAUUUUUCCUCCAAGGUGGUCAGUAGCAGAAAACACUUUUCGUCCACCAUACUAUCAUCGUAACUGCAUGAGCGAGUUUAUGGGCUUGAUUUAUGGUUCUUACGAAGCAAAGGAAAAUGGGUUCGAACCAGGUGGAGCCACUUUACACAGCAUAAUGACACCUCAUGGUCCAGAUAGUGACUGUUUUGAUAAAGCAUCAAAUGCAAAACUGGUUCCUGAAAGGGUAGCAGAAGGAACCAUGGCAUUCAUGUUUGAAUCAUGUCUGAGUAUGGCUGUAACUAGCUGGGCGAGUAAGAUGUCUGAAAAACUUGACGAAAAUUACUUCAAGUGUUGGCAAAAUCUAAAGAAACGUUUUAAUCCUAAGCAAGUGCUUCACAAGUCUGAUAUCAAUGGAGAAUAGUGCUGAUUUUCCCAUGGCCAUGAUGCUCUAGAUCAAUAGGCCUGAUGCUAUGACACAUCAUACAAGUUUUAUAUGAAGCCACAAAGAUGAAGUUUUAAUUUUUCUUGUUAUGAUUUUCUCUGCUAAUUGUGCAAAGAAAAAUAUAGAAAGAUUCAAACAAAACUAGGGGUUCCUUUUAAAGUUCUUUGCUCUUUCUCAUAAUUAUAUACUACUUCAAAUGAAUACACUGAUAUGUAUAGUUGUGGCAAUUUAUGGUUCAGUAUAAUUAUUAAAAGGGUUUCUUUUUCAGUGAUUAAUUAGACUUACAUAUAAGUCAGUGACUAAGUAAUAAUAAACAAAUGUUAUUUGUUCCUUUGACAUAGAAAUAUAUAAAUACUGAAAACUAUGUAUAACUUAACAGAUUUUUAGUGUCGUAAAAUAUAAUUCAUCAGUUGCUAACUUUGUUGCAAGUAUUUCCAAACAUGGUAAUUGUUGAAACUUUACUUGACAUUUUAAAAAUUACUUAAUAUUAAGAAAUACACAUCUAAUGAAAGUAAUACAAAACUAUUAAACUUGCAGUUCUUUUCAAUUUUCUAUUUUUUUUACAUGUAAGAAUUGUAAUAACAUGAAUAUUAAUUGGGUUAGCCCACAAAACUAAUGGUGUGAGUUCUGCAUGGAACUAAACUGAGUGAAUUAAUACUUUUUAUUUAAAAGUUUAUAUAUAGAGAGAGCAUUGAACAGUACAUAGCUAUUAAUAUUCAUGUAAAAUACCAAGUUUUAGUAUGUUAUAGCUACUAACCAAAAAAUUAUGUAUUAUUUCUACAGAAUAUGGACAAACAGAAAUGUAUUUCAUAUAUAAAAAAAAACAUAUUUUAAGGCUGAAAGGAUUUACUAACUUGUGUACAGAAGCCUAUUACAUGUAGUAAGUUAUCUACAUGAAAAAAUUUUCAUUAUGCUUGUACGUCAUUGUUUGUCAAUUUACUACAGGAUUUACUAAGAAUUUAUUAA